UAGCAAACAAAUUAGCUGUACAGGAUUUUAAAAUUUUGCUGCGAUUUUUGUCACAACAAAGCAUCUGAAACAAAAGGAAAAUCGACAGCUGCUGUCAAGGGUAAGCAGCUGUAUGGAUACUGUAUAAAACCACGUCCACGAAGACACAAGAUAGCCGGGUUAGAAUACCGGAGCUAAUAAAAAGAGCUCAGCUUUUAACCACGUUCGCACGAUAAACGAGUCAUAUUUUGUUUUAUUGUGUUAUUUCAAUUUUCAUCUUAUUUAAUAAAAAAAGGAUUAUCUGUUACCCGUUUGAGGAAGCAUGUUUUUUUGAUUGAAUGACAUGAAAGUUAAAGACAGUCAGGCAUACAAUAGACAGAGAUAAACUUUAGUGUGUGUAAAUCAACAUCACGUGAAAACUGAUACAAAAUCAGAUCAAUGAAAGUGGGGUAAAAUGUUAUCAUUUUCAAUCAUUGUACAUAUCAUGCCGAUAAAUAUAUAUUUUUAGCCGAUUAUGCGCUAAAACGCACGUGAUAGAUUUUCCCAUUUCCUCAAAAUAAAUUCUAUGGAUUUUUCUAAUGCGUUCUUUUUUUCUUAAAAAAUAUUAUUGUACAAUGUGGUUACAGCAGCACAUAGGAAAGUCGUAACACUUCAAAAUGAAUCAAGACAUCGAUUCAAGAAACAAUCAUGCAAUUAAUAAUGAAAUAUCAAAAAACGCAAAGAUUGAGAGCAAACCAUGUGACUUAAAUCAUAGUGAAGUGCAGACUGUUAAAGCAUCCACAGGAAAAUCAAAGAAAAAUGCAAUGCAAAAUAAUCCGAGUUACCAUGUAAAAGUAGUUAUAACUGGAGACUUAAAUGUAGGAAAAACCUCACUAAUUAGGGCUUUAGUUGGACCCGAACACGAUUCCGUGCUAAAAGGACAGCGUACUGGUAGAGUAAAGACAGAAUUCCGAAGAACUGAUAACAAUAUAAAAAUGGAUAUAUGGGAUACAGCAGGACAGGAAAGAUACAGGUCAUUAACAGCAUCCUACUACCGUGGGGCUCAUGGCUGCCUUAUUAUGUUUGAUCUGACGAAACACCAUACAUUUGAAAAUGUUACAUCUUGGCUGACAGAUUUGAGACAAUAUACAACGAAUCCAGAAAAAAUAUCUACAAUUCUAGUGGGAACUCGAUGUCAUGCAAAGAGACGAGAAGUUUCUAAAGAAAAGGCGGAAGCAUUUGCGGAACACGUCGGACUUCCGUACAUCGAAGUGAGCUCUGAAGAAGACAUUAAUGUUCGAGAAGUAUUUGACUUAUUGUCGGACAAUAUACUACAAACACUCAAAAGACACCCUUCAUUACUUAUGGUACCAGCAACGUCAACAAAAUUAUCAGACAGUGACACGAAAAAGAAAAUGUAUUGGUGCUCUUGUUGACUAAUAAUGUAGUUAGUAUCAGAUAAACGGAAAACCGGGUCUUUCUAUAAAAAAAUGUGAAUUUCAAUGAUCAUAAAAUCAUUUCAUUUUUUGUAAAUAUACCCAUUUAACUGCGCCAUUUGACAAGUUAUAGGUAAAUCAUAUUCAUUUUCAAAUAUAAGUAAUGUAUACUGUCAUUUAAUCGACAAAGGUACAAUAAUAUAGGUAAUAUACAUAAUAAGUAGUAUGUAUAAUUUGUAACUAACCACCCCCACUUUUAGAUAAAUUCGAAACUAGAUGAUUGACCCUAGUAAGUUUUUGAAGCUGUUAUGUCAUCAUAGUAGACAUGUGCCAGACAUAUCAUGUCUACUUUCAGACGCUCUGAUGAUGUGGCACAUGCAUCACAUUCAUUUUGUAUAAAAAUUGAAAUAUUGCAAGCCCUGUAAAAUUGUUUUUUUACUACAUGUAUUUAAAUUUUCUAAAAAAAAGUUUAGAUAAAAUAAAUAGUAUCAUGUAAGGUAGUGGUUGUCAAAUGUUCCAAGAGAUCUUUUGUCAUUGCAGCUUCCUUUAUUUCAAUUCCUAAAAGCCCCUUGUUUAAAACUCGAUAACAAUUCAAAUCUAUUUGGGACUGUUUCUUUAAUCAAUAACCAUUUUCUUCAAAGAAAAUAUUCAUUUAAGAUUGUUAUGUUUUAAACAAUUUAAAGCAAAGCGACUUCUUUCAUCAUUCUUAAGUUUACCUAACUUUACGAUAACAGGUUAGAAUAAGAUAGUUAAUAAUAUUUUGGUUUUUUCCUCAUUUACUUUUUGUAUUUUAUGAGAUUUAGAAAAAAUCUAUAUAAAAACACUGCAAAAAGAACUUUUCGAAGCAAAAAUAAAAAAUUUGAAACGGUAUCUUGCCUUCUAAUUAGAUAAAAUAAAUCAUUGUAUUUGAGAUAUCAGGCAUUUUUUUAAUACUAUAAAAUGCAUUUUACAAAAUAUGCGAUGAACAUCAUGCAGAUUAAUUACAUGUAUGACUACAGUUCCGUACCGCCAUUUAAGCAGUAUCUAGCUGUAUGGUGCGUUGUUGUAAAGUCCUCAAAUUAGUUGUUUCUUGUGAUUUUAUUAUAUUUUUGAAUUGUCAUUGGACGUUACAUGUAUAUAAAAACAAUGAAUCAGUCAAUAUUAAUGCUUUGUUACAUGGAACAGGAUUUCUCAUAUACUAAACAAUUAAACAGUGAGCUAUCACAAAACGUUCUGCUAAUAAUGUUUCGGAUCGGACUUGACUCGUUUUACUUGUGACGUCACCUAAGACAAUACAGAAAUAUAAGACACGUUUUUUCCCGAUUCCCAUCCCCAUUAUGUAAAUAUUUCUCAUAUUUAUUAAUUAUUCAUUAGGCUGGAGCAAUGGCAAUAUUAAAAUACAGAUCUUUGCAGACACUGAUGAUAUCAAAGAGAACCAAACUCAAUAAUGGUCGUCCUUGAAUCUUGUCCAUUUCAAAGGAUUUAUUCAUGUCCCGCCGGCAAAGGUGACCUUAGGACGGAACUUGGCUAUAUAUUGUGGUCAAUGUUGGUAAUAAAUGUCGAAACGUUUCUACAUAUAUAUACAUCCCUGGUUUUCAAAUGUUUGGGUUUGAAGUAUUCGUAAUGAAGGUAAAAAUAGAAAAGCGCUUCUGGACGCACAAACUUUAUAAAGUGUUAUGUUCAUCACUGUAAUUCAAACGUAAUUCGAAAAGUUACAUAUAUCUUUUGAUCUUUCGUGAAUUCUCUAUUCUGUACAACUCCCCCCCCUUUUUUUCCUCGAGAUUCUUCAAUGCCAUAAUCUGAUGUAAAUAAUGUAUUUCGCAAGUUAUGGUACCAUCAAAUGACUAAGUUUUCGUGCCAACUUUUAAGCAGUAUAUUUUUAUAUUCUUUUGCUAAAAGAGGUUUCGUUUAAAUGUUAGUCCUUAAAAUGAUUACUUUUUUAUUUGAUUUGAUUUUUUUAAUUGUCAUUAGACACAAGAUGUGUAUAAUAGAAAAUUUGUCAGUUAAUAUUCGUCCUUGAUCACUGAAUUUGUCAUAUAUUAAAUUAAAUAAUUUAUUUGAA